AUAAUUUCAGAAAAAAAAAUAAUGUAAAUUGUAAGUGUUGGUAAUGAAAUGAAGUAUGAACACUGCUGUCUGUCAUUGUGUGAAACAUAAAUAAAGCGUAUUUUAAUUAUUAUUUAAAUCAUGACUUAAUACUCAAGUAUAUUUAUUUACAAUGAAAUAAAUUAAUCAAAACAAUAGCUAAAACUUGAAUAUUCUAUCAUUAUUAAUGAAAUUAUGGAUGGUUUAAUUCACGCGGCAUUAGAAGCAGAGGUUAUACUUAAUCGUGCCAAACAUGCUCAUUCAAAUUUAAGUCAUUUUGAUGGUGCUGUUCAAGAACAUAAAAUGAUCUGGACCCAUGAGAAGAUAAAUCUUUCAGAAUCUGUCGAUGACACCAGGAUGAAAUUCCACCGCAGUGUCACCGGCUCCUCGACAAAAGCUAAUGAAAAGUUUGAUUUGUUUAAGAAAUUACAUGAACUAUACAAUGACUUAAGUAGAGAUGAACUAUCUCAUACCAGUUAUCAAGGCUUGAAGACAACAUCAUACUUAUUAGAAAAAUUGUUAGCAACUUAUAAUCUUAAUACAUUAAUAAUAAAUUUAUAUCCUGGCAAUAAAGGAUAUUCUCUCUCUCUCAAAGUAAAUGGAAAUACACAAUAUUUACAAACAUCUGAUGGAAAUACAUCAGCAAGUGAAGAAGAGACAUUAAUCGAAACUCCGAGAUGGCCAUAUGAAGAAGAGGAACUGUUAAGUUAUAUAGACAAUGAGGAAUUGCCUGUGGUGCUCUUGGACUUGUUGGAGUCAGAACACUCAAACUUAUUUUAUUCUGGGUGUAUAAUAGCACAAGUGAGAGAUUAUAGACAAGCCUAUCCGAGCUCAAUGUGUGAUACACAUCAUGUUUUAUUGAGGCCCACUAAUCAGAGUUUAAUAACAGAUGCUAUGUGCAUAGGCACGAAAUGUGGAUUGGCAGGUGAAGAGCGUAGUGCCUUAGAAGCUGUAGAAGCGGCCCUAGUCAACGCAGUCGCGCCACCGCUGUGCUUAGAACCGACACCUGCAAUUGGAUUACUAGCUGCCAGAUUACAUGCUGCACCUAGAUUAUUCAAUACACCUCGGAUAAGGCGACAAGCAAAACGUUUUUCACAGGUUUUUGUCAAUCGAAAAAGAAAAUUGGACCAAUUCACACACUAUCAUGGCUUAGAGCUGUUAGAACUUAUACAUAGACAGCGAGCGAAGAACAGUCGACAGUCAGUGCCACAUACAAGAUUGACUUCUAAAUUUCCGAAAAAACCACCAGAGGUCUUCCACCCCAUUGAACCACCGAAAAUGGAGCCGUUACCACUCGCAUUACCAUCAGAGCCGAGCGGGCCGUUGCGACUGGCGCGCUCUUACGAACGUCCGCGACCAACGCCAGACUGUCAGCCUCAGUUAGUCGAAGAGUAUGUUCUGGAAACCGAGAAGACCUCCCCACAUGCAAGCGCUGGGUUCUUCCACAUAAAGCUCUCGAUAUUACAGAGGCCAUCUGAUCAGGAGUUCUUGGGGGAGCUGUAUGUAGAUAGGGAUCACGUGGAAGGAGAGCGGAAUGGUGCGGCGUGUCGAUUUUCACUAGGUUCAAGACUGCAAGCAAAUAAGUAUAUUCAACAGUUCACUGAAAUAUUCACUGAAGAAGGACGGAAGUCAGUUAGGAUAAAGCACAUAGUACCUGGACAGUUGCCUAGAGUUUCAUUUACUGGAGGCAUGAGAGAAUUGCAAGGGCAACAAUUACUUGUACAGCAAAGAACAGCCGCUGCCACCACUGCACAAACACACGCCACUUCAGUUCCUGUUGUAACAACUGCAACAGUCACUGGACCAACAGUUCACACAACAACUAGGCAAUUACCCAUUUUAGCACAGCUGCAACAAGUGGGCACUGUCGGUGGUGUGGCGACAGUGGGCACGGUCGUCGGCAACGUGGGCAACGUGGGUACCGUCGUGGGCAGUGUUGGGACUGUCGUGGGCAAUGUUGGGACUGUCGUGGGCAACGUCGGCCCUAAUGUGACCAACUUGACCAACGUGUCCGCUGUCCCGAGCGUCGCUGCUGUUCCGGCCGUCGCGGGUGUUGUAGAAACUGCUCUUAAACAACAACCCUCACCUACGCCUAGGCUCUCACCACAAGUGCACGACAUUCAUUCGACGCAGGCGUCGACAAAUCAGCUUCUGGCACAGCAGUUAACGAACCCUCCACAGCCGUUGAAUCCACAGAAAAUGCAAUCUGCUAUUAUACACAUACAACAUCCAUUGAUGUCGUCGGGCGGGACUUCUCAGGUUCAAACAAUACAAUACACGAGUACUCCGACAACGCAGCAGAAGGCAGCGGUACCAAAGCCGAGAUCAACCAACCCGGCGAUCAACGCUCUGGUGACCAGUUUGAUGAACUCAGCACAACAGUUUCAACAAGCUGCGAGUCAAAACGCCGCGAAAUCAGUGGCAAGUACGGCGAGUAGCAACGCUACGAUCCUGAACCUAUUGAAUAGCGCGCCGGCGGCCAUGACACAUGUGACGUCAUCAGCUGACACCUCGAUAGAACACAAGUUGUUGACGCGAACGGUGUCCAUAGCGGGCGCGAGGCUCAUAGCUGCUACCACGGCGCCGCACACGAUACCGACCUACACGCAGCAGGUAAUGACCGGUUAUAAUCGUGACACUGAAUCAACGAAUGUAUCGAGCAGUGAGAGUGCGCUCCUGGAGCGACUCAUGGGCAAUGAAGACAACACGGGCAACUCACAACCACAACCAGUCCAGAGCCAAGCCCAGCCUGUGUGUCACUUGCAGGGUGUAAGUUUAGCUUCGCUACAGACACUGCAAGGUCUUCAGUCGAUACCCGGUCUGGCCGGCCUGCAGGGUGUUCAGAACGUGCAGGUCCAGAUCCCGGGGCUAGCGGCUCCUAUAUCGUUGUCUCUGAACGUGUCGGGCGCGCCCAGUGGCCUGCUAGUCUCCGUACCUCCGACCACGUCUGUGGUCCUCGCCAACCAGCCCUCGGUGCUAAGUUUACCCAUCGCACAACUGAUGUCGGCGGGCGUGAAGGGCGGCGUGCAGGUGGUGCGGCCCGCACGCCUGGCGCGUCCGACCGCCGCGCGCUCCGCCUCGCAGCCGCCAGGUACCGCUCAAUUCAUCACACAACCACAAACGCAGACGCUAAAUGUACACCAAGUGAGGCGGAAAUCGAACACGGACAAUUCAUAG